UCUCUCUCUCUCUCUCUCUCUCUCUCUCUCUCUCUCUCUCUCUCUCUCUCUCUCUCUCUCUCUCUCUCUCUCUCUCUCUCUCUCUCUCUCUCUCUCUCUCUCUUAGUGAAUACAAUAGGUAAAGUUUUCAGUGCAGUGUUGAAUGAGAGGCUGUGUAAGUGGAUUGAGACAGCUGGAGUGCUGGGUGAAGAACAGAAUGGUUUUCGUAGGGACAGGAGAGCUGAGGACAAUAUGUUUGUGGUGAAUGAAAUGAUUGAGAAGAAAAAGAAGGAUGGGGGUAAAUUGUACCUAGGUUUUUUAGAUAUAGAGAAAGCUUAUGAUAGAGUGAACAGAGAAAUGUUUGGUAGAGUCUUAGAAAAGAUUGGAUUGAGUGCAAAGAUAGUUAACAUAGUGCAAAGUAUGUAUGUGGACACAAGAGCUAGAUACAGGCUAGGAGACAUAGAGACAGACUGGGUGAAGAGUGAGAGAGGAGUUAGGCAGGGCUGUAUAUUGUCACCAAUCCUUUUUAGCCUGUAUACAGAGGAGCUAGCAUCCAGUGAGAAGAAUGAAUGUAGGGGUAAAUGUGGGGAAUGAUAAAGUAUGUGUGCUCCUUUAUGCAGAUGAUGUAGUUGUUAUGAGUGAAUCGGCAGAUGAGCUUCAAAGUUUGUUGGAUGUAGUGGAUGGCUAUGGUAAAGACUUUGGAGUAAGGUUUGGCAGUGAGAAAAGCAAAGUAAUGAUUGUGAAUAGGUCAGAGGAUGAAAGUAAUGUGGUAUGGAGACUAGGAGAGAAUGAGUUGAGACGUGCAAGAAUACAAGUACUUAGGGAUGUGGAUGAGUCCUAGUGGGUGUGCAAAGGCAAAGAAUGAAAAGAUAAGUAUGGUAAAUCGGUGGGUAGGUCGAUUGGGAAGCGCGGCAAGGAUGAGAGCAAGUAAGUAUGAUGUGUUGAGAGAAGUGUGGAAGAGUGUGGCUGAGCCAUGUAUAAUGUAUGGUAUGGAUGUGAUUGCAUGGAAUGAAAGUGAAAUUGAUAAGUUAGAAGUGGGCCAGAAUAGAGUAGCAAGGAUGCCACUGAGUGCACCGAGGUGCACAGCAGUUGAAGCCUUGAGAGGUGACAUGGGAUGGAGCACCUUCAGAGAAAGACUCACAAAAGUCACACUUAGGUACAAGAUUAGGCUUGAGAGAAUGGAUGAUGCAAGAAUAGCAAGGAAGGUGUACCUGUGGAAUGAAAGUGGAAGCAAAUGGAGGAAGAGAUGCAUGAGAAUGACAGACAGGAAUGGAUUGCAAGUUGUGUGGGCGAUAAGAAUGGCUGGUAGGAAUCAAAAUGAACGUGAAUGGGUGGUAACAAGAGGAGGCAGAGUGGGAGCCGAAUGGGAUGUGAGAAAAUGGAAGAAUGAGAUAGACAAAGAAGUGAAAUGUGUGGGACUGAAUGAAUGGAAGAAUGAAAUGGAAAGAAAGAAGACCCUGGAAUGGUACAAGGAGAAAGAGGCCCCGAGAUAUGAAAGGUGGUAUGAUGGAAGCCUGGGCGAUGAUCUUCUCUUCCGAGCGAGGGCACAAUGUAUGGAUGUGAAUGCAAGGAGUUACAGGUGGUCUGAGUCCCGCAGCAAAGUGUGCCAGAUGUGUGACAUGGGAGAGGAUGAGACGGUGGAACAUGUGGUGCUGGAGUGUGUGAAGUAUGCCAGAGACAGGAAUGAGAUGAUGCAAGUGAUACUGACUGAGUUAGGGCAUGAUAGGAAUGAAAGAGUGGAGAAGACAGGAAAGGAAUGGAUGGUGUUGUUGCUGGGACUGUGUAGAGAGGCGAAUGAAAGGAUGAUUGAGGCGGUGAAAGAGUUUCUGGAGAGAAUGUGGCGUGCCAGGUGUAUGAACAAUUAGGAUAGAGGAUGCUGUUCGUUUCUCUUUUUUUUUCCCCUUUCUACAGGAGAUGCCGAUCCAAAGGCCUGGCUCAGGAGUGAUCCUGUGCCACCUGUAGCCGUGAAUGGUACAAGUUCAUGAGAGGAGUUGCCGAUCCAAAGGCCUGGCUCAGGAGUGAUCCUGUGCCACCUGUACCAUCAAGAUCAAGAUCAAGGUCAGACCAUCAAGAUCAAGCUUCAAAGCUUCUGAGCUUCAAAGUUUGUUGGAUGUAGUGGAUGGCUAUGGUAAAGACUUUGGAGUAAGGUUUAGCAGUGAGAAAAGCAAAGUAAUGAUUGUGAAUAGAUCAGAGGAUGAAAGUAAUGUGGUAUGGAGACUUGGAGAGAAUGAGUUGAGACAGGUGCAAGAAUACAAGUACUUAGGGAUGUGGAUGAGUCCUAGUGGGUGUGCAAAGGCAAAGAAUGAAAAGAUAAGUAUGGUAAACCAGUGGGUAGGUCGAUUGGGAAGCGCGGCAAGGAUGAGAGCAAGUAAGUAUGAUGUGUUGAGAGAAGUGUGGAAGAGUGUGGCUGUGCCAUGUAUAAUGUAUGGUAUGGAUGUGAUUGCAUGGAAUGAAAGUGAAAUUGAUAAGUUAGAAGUGGGCCAGAACAAAGUAGCAAGGAUGGCACUGAGUGCACCGAGGUGCACAGCAGUUGAAGCCUUGAGAGGUGACAUGGGAUGGAGCACCUUCAGAGAAAGACUGACAAAAGCCACACUUAGGUACAAGAUUAGGCUUGAGAGAAUGGAUGAUGCAAGAAUAGCAAGGAAGGUGUACCUGUGGAA